CAGUGUGUUCACCACUGUGCACUUAAAUGCCCUGCCACAGACUCUGCUCCAGUAUAUCAUGAAGUUGACACGAUAACCCGAAUGGCUUUAACCGGAGGACACACACAAUGCUCAAGAUACAUGGAGCCGGCAGCCAUGUCCAAGAAAACAGAGAUCCAGAGACACGGCUUGUCCAGCAGGCAGCGAUGUCCACAAGCCAGUGGGCUCGAAGGCUUGGCACCUUUGGUCACCUCUGUGGAGGAAACCCCUGAUCCCAUCCCUGCUACCAUCAGCGGAACUAUUCCAAAGUGGAUUAAUGGGAGCUUUCUGAGAAAUGGUCCGGGGAAAUUUGAAUUUGGAGAAGACAAGUACACCCACUGGUUUGAUGGCAUGGCCAUGAUGCACCGGUUUCACAUCUGUGAAGGCAAUGUCACUUACAGCAGCCGCUUCCUCAGGAGCGACUCGUAUUGCUUCAACUCAGAGAAGAACCGCAUCGUGAUUUCAGAGUUUGGGACAUUAGCCAUGCCCGAUCCCUGCAAGAACCUCUUUGCGCGCUUCUUUUCAAGAUUUCAGAUACCGAAAGAAGCCACUGAUAAUGCCAGCGUGAACUUUGUCAAGUACAAGGGAGACUAUUAUGUCAGCACAGAAACUAACUACAUGAGAAGAGUGGAUCCACAAAGCCUGGAGACCAAAGAGAAGGUGGACUGGGGUCAGUAUGUUGCUGUAAACGCAGCUACAGCUCACCCGCACUAUGACCGUGAUGGAGCCACAUACAACAUGGGCAAUUCCUUCGGCAAAAGCGGUUUUUUCUACAACAUCAUCCGCGUGCCUCCUCCUGAGAAGGACAGAGCAAAUGAAGACUCAGCAGACCUGAGUGGUGCUGAGGUGCUUUGCUCCAUCCGUGCAGCAGAACCCAGAAAACCUUCAUAUUAUCACAGCUUUGUAAUGUCAGAGAACUACAUUGUUUUUGUUGAGCAGCCGAUCAAGCUCAACAUCCUCAAGUUCAUGCUGUACAGGAUACAAGGAAAGAGCUUUCAUAAAAUGAUGUCUUGGGAGCCUCAGUAUGACACCAUCUUCCACCUGGUCAACAAGCACACGGGCAAGGAGAGUAAAGUGAAGUACUGCGCGUCGCCAAUGUUCACCCUGCAUCAGAUCAAUGCUUUUGAGGAAAAUGGGUUCUUGGUCAUGGACAUGUGUUGUGGGGAUGACGGCGAGGUCAUCGGAGACUUCACCCUGGAGAACCUGCGACGAGAGUCGGGAGAAGAAAUUGACAAGUUUUACAACUCAUUGUGCAGAAACCUCCCAAGGAGAUAUGUCCUGCCUCUUAAUGUGGAUGAACAAACUCCUCUGGACCAAAACCUUGUCACUCUUCAUCACUGUAAAGCCACAGCAAAGAAAACAAAACCUGGGGAGGUUUACAUGACCCACGAGGAGCUUCACAAUGAUGAGCUGCUGCAGUACGGUGGCCUUGAGUUCCCGCACAUCAAUUAUGACGGAUACAAUGCCAGACCGUACCGCUAUUUCUACGCAUGUGGCUUUGGGCACGUCUUUUCCGAUUCCUUACUCAAGAUGGACGUCCACACCAAGGAGCUUAAGGUGUGGCGUUAUCCUGGUUUGUAUCCCUCUGAGCCAGUCUUUGUUGCUUCUCCCGACGCUACUGAUGAAGAUGAUGGAGUGGUCCUGUCAGUCAUCAUCACGCCAAGAAAAGAGAAUAGUACCUUCCUUCUGGUUCUGGAUGCCAGGACUUUCACCGAGCUGGGUAGGGCUGAGGUCCAUGUCAACAUUCCAUAUGGGACCCAUGGGGUGUUCAACACGAUGGGAUAAAUGUGCUGCGGUUUGCAAUUCGGUGGAAAAUUGCUAAAAUUGUGCCAGCAACUGAACACUUCUCCGACACGAUAGAAUGUAUCUUUGCCAUUGUUUACAACAUGAAUAUGCUUUAAGAGAUUAAGAAAAGAAAUAAAAAAAGGGGAAAACCAACAUCUCUCACGUAUUUUUUCACUGUAUUUUGGUAUUGUAGUUAAAAGAAAUGAAAAGACAGAUCCCUGUGCGCCAGCAGCACGCUGACCAUUUUUUCAUGUGCACUCUUUUGAAAAUUUGAAAUAGCUCUAUCCACAGCAAGCUGAACAUCGUAUGUAUUGUGCAUAUUUGGACAAGCUUGUAUUUUAGGAGGACUAUAACAAAUUAAGA